AUGUCUCGUUUCUUCCGUGGCGGAGACGACAGCUCCAGCGACAGCUCCAGCGAGGAGGAGGAUCUCCUCUCCUCAGAGGAGGAAGAGGAGGAGGAGAAGCUGCAGCAGCAGAAGCAGAAGAAGACGAGCAACGAUGACUCUUCUGAUGAGGACUCGGACGAUAUGGACUCGGAUGAAGACAGCGACGAUAGCGACAGCGACGGCUCGGAUGCCGGCAAGGGGGGGGCCAACUGGUUCCUCAAGGACGCCAGCUCCGAGAGCGAGGACAGCGACGACGAGAAGAGGGCGAAGGUCAAGAGCGCCAAGGACAAGAGGCACGAUGAGCUCGAUGCUUGCAUCAAGCAGAUUGAGAACGGUCAGAAGAACGGUGACUGGACUCUGAUAUCAGCCGAGUACGACAAACUCAACCGUCAGGUCGCACGUCUGAUGGUGGGCGGCAAGGCCCCCAAGCCCUAUAUCCGCAUCAUGGCCGACCUCGAGGACUUCAUGAAUGAAGCCCUCGCCAAGGUCAAGGUUACCCCCAAGAAGAUGAACGCCAGCCAGGCUCGCGCUCUCAACGCCGUCAAACAGAAGAUCAAGAAGACAAACAAGGACCACCAGGCCCAGAUUGAUGCCUACCGUGCGGACAAGGAGGACUUCAUGGAGUCGUCUGAGGAGGAAGCCCCCGCCACUGCCCCCUCCAAGAAGUCCGCCACCACUAAGGUCAAGUUUGACGCCGCUUCCGCCUCGCAAGAGGAGGCCGACGAGCAGGGCUUCUCGACAGUCGGAAAGGGUGGCCGCACUCUGCAGUACACCUCCGACAGCAUCUUCAAGCAUCUGAGGACUAUCCUUGAGUCCCGCGGAAAGAAGAACACGGAUCGUAGCGAGCAAAUUGACAUUAUGGAGAAGCUGUUCGAGAUUGCCAGCACGCCCUACCAGCAGAUCCGUGUUCUCCUGACCUUGGUGUCGGCCCGUUUCGACAUUGCCUCUGGAUCCACGGGCGCCAUGCCCCUGGAGCACUGGAAGGCCGCCCACAAGGAGCUGUCGUCCCUGCUCGAGAUCCUCGAGAAGAACAAGGAGUACAUUGUCAUCGAGAGCGCCGAGGAGUGGGAGGAUGACGAGAAGCCCCCCACGCUCCAGCCCGGUGAGAAGUACAUCAAGGUCGCUGGCAGCGUUGUCUCUUAUAUCGAGAGGCUUGACGAUGAGCUCAACCGCUCUCUCCAGAACAUCGACCCCCACACAUCUGAGUACAUUGAGCGUCUCCAGGACGAGGGCGCCCUUUAUGACAUCAUCUUCCGCGGCCUCCUGUACUACGAGUACCUGCAAAAGGAUGACUCUCUCUCGAUCCCUCAGGAGGGCGUCAACCGCAUCGUCGUGAGGCGGUUGGAGCAUGUCUACUUCAAGUGUGAUGUCCAGCCUGCUCAGGUCAUCGAAACUUUCGAGGAGAACAGCUGGAAGUCAGUCGGCGCCGAUGUCGAGUCGGCCAUCACUCCCCGCGAGGAGGUCAAGGAGGCCAGCAAACUGGUGCACGUUCUCUGCAACUACCUGUUCAGCAAGGCUGACGGUAUCAUUCGUGGUCGUGCCAUGCUGUGCCAGGUGUACUUCCUUGCCCUGCACAACGAGUACUACAAGGCCCGUGACAUGAUGUUGAUGUCGCAUCUUCAGGAGAACAUCCCCAACUUUGACGUCCAGACGCAGAUCCUCUACAACCGCACCCUGGUGCAGGUCGGCCUCUGCGCCUUUCGCAUGGGUCUCGUCUAUGAGGCGCAGAACACGCUGCAGGAGAUCUGCGGUAGCGGCCGCCAGAAGGAGCUGCUCGCCCAGGGCGUCAUGAUGCAGCGCUACAGCCAGGUCUCUCCCGAGCAGGAGAGGCUCGAGAAGCAGCGCCAGCUACCCUUUCAUAUGCACAUCAACCUCGAGCUGCUGGAGUGCGUGUAUCUGACGUGCAGCAUGCUGCUCGAGAUCCCCCUACUGGCUCAGACGGGUUCGUCACCCGACGUCAAGAAGCGCAUCAUCAGCAAGACGUACCGCCGCAUGCUCGAGUACCACGAGCGCCAGAUCUUCACGGGCCCUCCCGAGAACACGCGUGACCACGUGAUGCAGGCUUCCAAGGCUCUGGCUGCGGGCGAGUGGAAGAAGGCUACGGACUUCAUCCACAACAUCAAGAUCUGGGACCUGAUGGCCAACACGGACGACAUCAAGGCCAUGCUGUCCAAGCAGAUCCAGGAGGAGGGCCUUCGCACGUACCUCUUCACCUACGCCCCCUUCUACGACACACUUGCCGUUGAGACUCUCAGCGGCAUGUUUGAACUCGACACGGCCAAGGUGUCGGCGGUUGUCAGCAGGAUGAUCAGCCACGAGGAGCUGGCGGCCUCGCUGGACCAGGUGACGUCGACUAUCAUCUUCCGCAAGGGUGUCGAGCUUAGCCGCCUGCAGUCGCUGGCCCUAACGCUGUCGGACAAGGCAAGCGCCCUGAUCGAGACCAACGAGCGUACGCUGGAGCAGCGCACGCAGGGCUCGUCCAACGCCUUCGAGCGCACCGGCGGCCGCGGUCGCGGCGGACACAGGACAGGACAGCGUCCCGGCCGUGGAGGGCCCCGCGGCGGCGGUGGCCACACUCAGCGUCAGGCCGGUGGUACGCAAUUCACUGGCGGAGCUCUCGGGGCUGCCGUCAGGGGUUAA